AUGACCGCUAGAGCUCUGAACCGUCUUACGAGGUUCUGUAAACCAUUCCAAAACAUACAGUCCGUCCGCGUAUUCUCGUCUGCUGCUGUCACCAGCCAAGCGUCGCGAUACACACCCGCUACCCCGCCAAAGGGCCUCAUACAGAAACAGCAAACCAGAAUGGCCAGCAAAGUCACCGACUGGGUCAAGCCCGGCGACAAGUCGGGCGAGUUCAAGCGUCAGCAGAGCUCGUUCCGCAACUGGAUCUCGCGCGAGCAGGGCGCACAAUUCCCUCCAGAGAAGGGCCGCUACCAUCUCUACAUCAGCUACGCUUGCCCGUGGGCCUGUCGGACGUUGAUCACCCGCCAGCUCAAGGGCCUCGAGGACAUCAUUAGCUACUCCGUCGUCCACUGGCAUCUCGGCGAGAAGGGAUGGCGCUUCGUCACCAAGGAUGACAAGGACAUCCCAGGUGAAAACGUGAUUCCCGACCCCGUCCCUGGCCACGAGGGCUACACGCACCUCCGCGACCUGUACUUUGAGUCGGAGCCCAAGUACGAUGGCCGCUUUACCGUGCCGGUGCUCUACGACACCAAGCUCAAGACGAUUGUCAGCAACGAGAGCAGCGAGAUCAUCCGCAUGCUCUACACCGAGUUUGACGACCUCGUGGACGAAAAGUACCGCCAGAUCACCCUCUACCCCGAGGCCCUGCGCGGCCAGAUUGACGAGACCAACGAGUGGACGUACGACAAGAUCAACAACGGCGUCUACAAGUCGGGCUUCGCCACGACGCAGGAGGCUUACGAGCGCAACGUCGUCUCUCUUUUCGAGGCCUUGGACAAGGUCGAGGCGCACCUCAAGUCCGUCCACGACAAGGGCCCGUACUACUUUGGCAAAGACAUCACCGAGGCCGACAUCAGGCUAACGCUGACCGACUUCGACUUGCCCAGCUACGUCACAAUCAUCCGUUUCGACCCCGUCUACGUGCAGCACUUCAAGUGCAACAUCCGCGACAUUCGCUCUGGAUACCCCUACAUUCACAAGUGGAUGCGCAACCUAUACUGGAACGUGCCAGCCUUCAAGGACACGACGCAGUUUGAGCAUAUCAAGUGGCACUACACAAAGAGCCACACGCAGAUCAACCCCUUUUCCAUCAGUCCCGUCGGGCCCCUGCCGGACAUUCUGCCGCUCGACCAGGAGGUGGCAGCCGUCAGCACCAAGUUGUGA